AUGAAACCGUACGAUAAUGGCACAUUCGCGCCGCGACACUUUGUUUCCGAAUGGGAGGACAAUGUGGUGUUUGAUGCGGAUGAUCCCGACUUUUCGGUCGGCGGUACCGGUGCGGCAAAUGUUUUAAUGCGCUCGACAACCGGAUCGCAGCAGCUAGCCCGGCAACUUGUAUCGUCGAAUAUGACACGAUCGGUUACUACCUACUACGGGCUUAACUCCGCCUCGGUUGUGUCGAAUUUGAACCAGCUAAUGAAAGUGUCUUCGAGUGCGAAGCUAUCAGCAAUCAGUAACAGCAGCAGUAUGUCGGUGGCCAGCGUACAAGCACCCCAUCUAGCGGAUUUGUGCAGCUCUCUGAGCCGUACCAGCUUGAGCAUGUCGUCGUCGCUGUCGGAUCUAGUCGGCAGCCCAUCGCUUGGUGCCGUGUUCGACUUCCACUCGUCGGAUGCGGUGCUUACGAUCGAGGAACUGCGCGAGCAGCUCGGCUCAUGCUACACAUGCGGCGUGUCCUGGACCGAGGAUCAGGUAUCGCUCGAUUGCAGUGAGUGCGGCGGUUACAGCCUAGAGCGACCGUGCCUUAUCUGCGAAGGCAUCUGCGGUCAGCUGUGGAAGCGUGAUUUCACCAUGAGCCACGCCUGCGGUAAAUCACGCUGGCAGGGUGUGUGCACCAAAUUCCCGGCGCAGAUGAUUCAGCUGCAGUCAUCCGCACCGCUCAGCAGUUGUGCCAGUUUCGGUAGCCAUCACCAGCUGACGGGUUGUGCGGCGGCCGCCAACAAUGGUGCCAGCACCGCCAGCCAGCAACAUUUCCUGCAGCAGGAACUAUGCGCCCGGCUCGAGAAGCUUUCCGCGAAUGCGCACUCGUAA